AUGGUCGCCUCCUCUUCAUUGGGAUUGUCUCAUUGUCAUCAGGAUUGUCUCCUCACCAUUGGGACGCUCUUCUUGUCAUUUGGAUCACCUUAUCAGGGUCUGUACAACCGCCAAUCAACCCGUCAAGUUGCAGCCGCACGCCUAAAAAGCUUUUCAGCCCCUACCACCGCCAAUCACCAGACAAUGCAGGACCAGCAAGCAACCAAUGAUUUCUUCACCCUCACCCACGCGCGUGGGAACGGGAGGGACAACACCCGGUCGGACGACUCCUCCCCCUCGGAGAGUACAAGCAAACCGGCGAUUCAAGUGACCCCUCCAACAACCCAGACCCCCGCGAUCACUCCCUCCCCUCAGCCCCCCAUACCAACCACGGUCGACAACACAACGCCGUCUUCGAGCAAGGCUACGGGCCCAUCUAACGCCCUGUCUCCACUGCCCCCGCCGGCGUCUUCCUCCUUGAAGUCUACUCACUCGCGAUCGUCGUCCAAACACUCUCACAGGAGCGGCACCGACGACGCGAUGGCACAGCAAACCCAGGUCCAGGGGGAUCAACAAAAAACCCUGAAUUACCUGAAGAUGCUGGUCGAUGCGCACCUUGCUCUGGUCAAACAAGCAAAAAUCAACAGGGAAGCAGCCCGCCAAGAACGUGAGACCACGGCGGCCCAGUUCGCGCGGAACGAGCAGGAAGCAACAGCUUGA